AUGGUGAAAGUGUCUUUGUUGAAACUUCAAUUUGUCAGUCUCAUAUUUUCAGCAAUCUUAUUCACCCUGGGUUUCUGGUUGCUCACCAAUCGAACCAACAAACCACUAGGGUUUAAUAUACCAUACAACCACGCAGGUUCAUCACAAGGAAGCCAUCCUAUCGAUCAACUCAUCUUGAAAGCGGAUGCAGAAUGGCGAUCGCUGCUUGCAAAGGAGGCAAAAUCCUUCAAUGCAGCAGCCGACCAAUAUCGUCGCCGUCGGGGACGACAUCCACCACCCGGCUUCAAAGAGUGGUUCGAAUUCGCCCAGUCCAAUAAUGCGAUCAUUGUCGAAGAUUUUUUUGACCAAAUCUACGACGAUCUGAAUCCAUUCUGGGGCCUCCAACCGAGCGAGAUCCGACGACAGGCCCGAAGUCUCACACCCCGCAUCGCUGUUCGCAAUCAUAAAGCGACCGCUGUCACGGAGACGGAAGCACUGGGGUUAGACUCAUGGCUCAGUCUUGUACAGAGUAUCGAGCGGUAUCUUCCUGACCUCGACUUGCCGUUCAACCUUAUGGAUGAAUCUCGAAUCGUGGUGCCUUCGGAAACCAUGGCUGAAUACAUCAAAAAGGAACGUGCGAGCCGGCAGGAGAGGAGGGAUAAAAGUCCUGCAGAGUUUAUCACGGAAUAUACGGCUAUUACGGAUGAAGACAAGUUUGAGCAAUUCGAACCUCGCUUCCUGGGCACGAAUGAUGGCCAAUUCUGGGAUAUGGCUCGUGUCGGCUGCCCGCCAGACAGUCCGUCGCGCAAAAGUCACUCCAUCAAUCCAGAUUUCGUCUUGCCUGUGGCAAUGGACAACUUUCUGCAACACUCACAGAAUGGCUAUGUACACAACUGGACCCAGUCCAAGGAUAUUUGUUGGCGCCCUGAGAUGCAGGCUCUUCAUGGAACCUUUAUUGAGCCUAUAUCCAUUUCAACCACGCACGAAUUAUUUCCUCUCUUUGGAGGAUCCAAGCUUUCAGUCAAUAAUGAGAUCCUCAUACCUCCCGCUACAUAUUGGGCCAAGGGCAAGCAAUACUCUGGCGGCAGCGAUCACAGUGGUGAAUGGGAGUCAAAGAAAGACUCCUUGAUCUGGCGCGGGAUCGCGUCGGGGGGUCGAAACCGAGUCAACAACUGGACGGGAUUCCACCGCCAUCGCCUCCUAGCCAUGUUGAAUGGCACGUCUGUCACCGCUGCCGAACAGAACAAUUCUCAUUUUGUCAAUUUUAUUCUUCCCAGCUACGACUACUACCAUUUGGCCUCUGGUCGUGAUGGCCGCCUACCCGAGUUUGUGGAGGAACAUGUCGAUGUCGGCUUCAUCCAUCUAGUGUGCGACCCCUGUGCGCCAGGACAGCCCUGUAAUCACGAUUUGACGGACCCGCAUUGCUCCUACACGGAACCUUACUUUAGCCUCGUUCCCAAAAUGUCGGGCAAGCAGUAUGAUUACAAGUAUCUGCCUGACGUAGACGGCAAUUCCGUCAGCGGACGGUAUGACGGACAUCUACUGUCAACCUCUCUUCCAAUCAAAGCCACCAUUUACAACGAAUGGCAUGACUCCCGGCUCGUCCCUUGGGCCCAUUUCGUCCCCAUGGACUCGACCUUUCUGGAUAUCUACGGCAUCAUGGAGUACUUCAUUGGAUACGCCGGGGCCGGCCAUGACCACGUCGCCCGAAGGAUCGCCCUGAGCGGCAAGCUGUGGGCGGAGAAGGUGCUUCGCCCGGAAGAUAUGCAGAUCUACGUGUAUCGAUUGUUGCUUGAAUACGCGAGGAUCUGUGACGACAGGCGGGAAAUGCUGGGGGAUACUGAGGAUGUUUUGUGGGUCAUGCGUAUGUAG